AUGGCGGGGGAUCACUAUAUCCCCAUGGAUGGUUUUCCAUCGGCUCCUACUAGCGGCGAAAGUUCACGAGCUCCCAGCCCCCUUGGUAUCGGUACUGCCCCAUUGCAUUCUGUUUUAAGACGUGAUAGCUUUUCCAGAAAUAGCGGACAGCGGAGCAAAGAAUUACGAUGGAGCAGCCCAGUAGGCGACGCACCGGACGAUUCACAAAGGGUCUCAUCGCAGAUGGACUUUUCACAGCCACCACCUCGAAUCCCCCCGGCUGCGCAUCUAUAUUCCUGCUCGCCGUACCGAGGAGGAGUUUCCUCCGAGUACAGCCCACAGGUCGACGCUGAACAACAUGUCAACGGAGAGCUAUCAAAUUCUGCCCGACGCAAGGGGAAAGCUGUGCAUUCCGCGUAUGAAAAAGCCCGGCGUCUAGCAGCCAGAGUACACAGACCGUCGUUUGCUCGGAGAACAAGUCUUCCCAACAAGCCUACGAACAAUUCGUCCGAGGGGGAUAUGUCCACGCGCGACGUGAGCCGAAUGGGCGAAGAUCAGGAUGAAGCAGUAUAUACAACAGAGUCAUAUCCCUUUGGCACCUCGGAAGCCCACAAUAUCGUCCGGCGAAUGAGCCGGCCAGAUUCUGAGACUUUGGCCCCCGGCCAACCCGCUAAGUUUCAUCGUAAUGAAGCUAGACGAAAUGGAGAAAGAAACAUGAACGAUUGGGAGGAGCCACAUGGCCAGUAUCGCGGGAGCAUAUUAUUCGAACUGCUGAAGCUGUACCAUCAUGGCGAGCAUGGAGAAGGCGGUGGGGGAGGGGAUGAGCGGCGGCAUUCUUCAGCGUCAACCCUGCUGCCUGUGCACGAGCCGCCCUCGCGAGGGUUGUCUGGCCAGAGCACCCCCCGUCACAAGCUCAAGUGGUACGACAAGUCCCGGAACGUCUCCUCGAGCUCGGUGAACACGCUACUUCCCGAGACACGCUCCCCUUCGCUCGAUGGACUCAAGCGGUCCAAGAGCAGCAAUAUGCUCAGCAUGGCGGCGAAGAAACUGCUCCCUCGACCUCGGCUGGAGGAUCAAAUCCACAUCACGGUUCAUAUUGCAGAGAUCAUCUCCCGCCAGCGGUAUCUGAUGAAGCUGUGCCGGGCGCUCAUGCAGUACGGGGCGCCGACGCAUCGGCUGGAGGAAUACAUGUCGACGACGGCGAAGGUGCUGCAGAUCGAUGCGCAGUUUCUGUAUAUGCCGGACUGCAUGUUCUUCUCUUUUGGCGACGCGACGACGCACACGACGGAGUUGAAGCUGCUCAAAUAUCCGCAGGGGGUGGACCUGGGACGUCUGGCGGACGUGCACGAGAUCUACAAGGAGGUGGUCCAUGACAUUAUCGGAGUGGAGGAAGCGAUGCAGCGACUGGACGAGACGAUGCACCGAAAGGACAAGUACAACAAGUGGUGGCUGAUUGGGCUGUACGGGUGUGCAUCGGCGACGGUGGGACCGUAUGCGUUUGGGGCGGGCGCGCAGGACAUGCCGAUGGCGUUUCUGCUCGGGUGCAUCCUGGCAGGGCUCAAGUACCUGGUGGUGCCGCACUCGCCGCUGUACUCGAACGUGUUUGAGCUCACUGCGGCGCUGGUCACGUCGUUUUUGGCGCGGGCGCUGGGCAGCAUCCGGGCGCCGGGGGGCGAGGCGGGGCGACUGUUCUGCUUCCCGGCGCUGGCACAGUCGGCGGUGGCGUUGAUCCUGCGGGGGUACAUGGUGCUCUGCAGCAGCCUGGAGCUGCAGUCGAAGCACAUGCUGGCGGGGUCGGUGCGGCUGGUGUUUGCGAUCAUUUACUCGCUGGUGCUGGGGUUCGGGAUGAUGCUGGGCACAGCGUUUUAUGGGGGGCUCGACCGGACAGCCAGCUCGGCGUACGCGUGCAGCGGGGAGGGGCGGUUCGGCCCGCUGGGGGAGGCGGCGCGCAAGUUCCCGUCGGUGGUGCUGUUCACGGUGUGCCUGGCGAUGAUCAACCAGGCCAAGUGGAAGCAGACGCCGGUGAUGGUGGGCAUCUCGCUCACGGGGUACGUGGUGACGUUCUUCUCGGGGAAGCGGUUCGCGCAGAACCCGCAGCUGGCGAGCGUGCUGGGGGCAUUUGCGAUCGGGGUGCUGGGCAACCUGUACAGCCGGCUGCGCCACGGACUGGCGGCAGCGGCAAUCCUGCCAGCGAUCUUCGUGCAGGUACCGUCUGGGCUGGCGUCCAGCGGCUCGCUCCUGGCGGGACUGGCGGUUGCCAACGCGGUCAACGAGAGCGCGCGCCAGGCGGGGGGAGCGGGCGACGGGCGCGGUGCUGGGGCCGGGGGUCAGCGCGGACGGGAUCGUGGGGGACGUGUCGAAGGCGGUGGGCACGAGCCAGGUGUACGGGAGCAUUGCUUUUGA